GGGUGAAGGCAGAUAUCCACAAACCAACACACACAUCUCAGAUGGGCAGACAGGGAGACAGGGACAAGAGACAACAUAGUGUUAGAAGCAAGAAGAGAGUAAGACACUACGCAGGGCUCUUGUGAAGACAAUCUCCUUUUUGACUGAGGAAACCUGUAUAGGGAAGGUAGAAGAGAUCAAUUUAAAGACCUGGAUCACCAUUUACUUUAAUAGGCUGACUUCCAUCUCGAUCCGGUGGAUUAACAAAGAUUUCAGGACAUGGAUGGAGAAUUGUCAAGCCAGGAGCCAUCUGGGUCCACAGAGAUAAAUACUCAGAUUGACACCAAUAACAACAACAACCAGACAGAUGAUCCAGAGCUGGAGGUGGGCAAAGACCCAGGGAGAGAGCUUGCAGCGGAAGAGACGGUGGACAGUGGGGAGGGAAUGGUUGACAGGGACUCAGAAACAGAUAAAAAAGAAGAGGAGGCUGGUGAUACAGACAAGCCCCAGAUAACUGUGUCACAGCAGGCUGAAGGUGACAAUGAAGAGGCUGGCCAAGAUAAAGACAUGAAGGAUCUUGAAGCGACGAGUACAGAAAAAGACAGAGAGGGGGAGACUAAGGAAGACAAGGAAGAUGGGCAGGUGGAAGAGGUGACAAGUCUUGAGACUGAGAGAGAUGGAGAGGAGAUGAAGGACGAAAACAAAGAAGAAAAGAAGAGUCAAGCAGAGGAAAAGGCAAUAGACACAAAAAAAGAUGCAGAUGAGAAAGCUGCAAAAGGGGAAGAGAAGAAAAAACAAGUCAAGGAUGUGGAAACAAAAGACAAAGGACAUAUUAAGGAGAUCGAGAAACAAGGGAAGCCAACAAGAAAAAGUGGUCCUCCCUCUUCUUCUCUCUCAAGACCAAGACCAUCUGCACGCUCUAUAAGAGCAGCCGCUAAAAACGACCUUAUUGCCAAGUUCCAACAGGGUGCUCCAGAGACACCAAUACCCCGCAACUUUAAAAUCCAGAGGUCAUCAACGGCUGGCGCUACAGGAGCUUCAAUCAAACAGAAGAUGCUUCAGUGGUGCCGUAGCAAGACUCGCAACUAUGAGGGAGUCAACAUAGAAAACUUCUCAUCGUCCUGGUGUGAUGGACUUGCAUUCUGUGCUCUGAUCCAUCGUUUCUUUCCUGAUGCUUUUGACUUCAGCUCCCUGAAACCGAAAGAGAGGAAGAAAAACUUCACUUUGGCUUUUCAAACUGCUGAGUCCCUGGCCGACUGCUGCCCUCUGUUGGAAGUGGAGGACAUGAUUAUGAUGGGGAAAAACCCAGACCCCAUGUGUGUGUUCACAUAUGUCCAGUCUCUCUGUCACAGCCUCUCCAAAAUAGAGAAAGAGAGGAAGGACAAGGAAAAGGAAAAGGAAAGCAAAGAGGGGGUCAAAGAUGAGAAAGGAGAAGAUGCAGCUGGGGCGGAGUCACCAGAGAAGGAAGAGGGAGAGUCUGCUGAGAACGGGACGAUGGAGAGCCAGGAGGAGACACAGAGGGAGGUUACUGAGAUAGAGGGGACUCUAGAGGACGACAAUAAACACAACAAUUAUGAGACGGAGAGAGAAGCUGUGUUAAUGUAGGCAUACUCCUUUAAAGAAAUACCCAAAGAACAGAUGAAGACUGAAAAAACCCAAAGAUUUCUGAUAGUUGAUGUACUAAAAUUAAUC